CCACACGGCUUUCAGAAUCACCAACACACACUGCACUUCGAUACACUUAACAUGACGGCGUCGGGUGGAUCAGUGCGGCGGUUACUGGCCCAAAAUUCGGCCGUCCUAAGGCGUGGGGCCGAACACGCAAGGCAGCAAAUAUUUGGUCACGUCCCCAUUCUCGAGGGAGCUGCUGCCGGGAACAAGACCGCGAAGAAAACAUUUACGGGGCCCUAUCUCGAGAAAUACUACCCGACUUCCAUCAACCACCACGCAAGAAAAGUGAGUCCUGCAAUUUUGUGAAGCUGGCUUCAUGUUACAUGACAUGAAAGGAAGCGAUAUUGGAUUUUGGUUGCAUUCCACAAGUUUUUUCAAGCUUGCACCAUCGACGCUAGAUCAUACCUCCCCACCAUUUGCCUCACGAAGUACUUUUCCUUGGAAUUCAUUUUUUAAAAAAAAAACUAUUGAUAUUGAAACGAAUGGACGUGCCGGUGUAAAUGAUAGGUUCAUGACGGAUGGGAAACCGAACAAGAGGAAUACAGGCGCGUGAAACUAACCCAGCGGCGACGCAAGGGAAAGGGCCCACCCAAGAAAGGGGCGGGCGCUCGAAGUGGGAAAAAGCGGUAACCUUAAUUGCGGUGAGAUCGGAAUUUGAGGCAAAAUGUUCUGGUGAACGCCAUGCAUUGGCUCGCAAAAUAUAUACAUAGUAACAGA